AUGCUGUCGGAAGAAGAAAAUGAUGAGUUGUUAGCAGUAACAGCUACAAAUUCAGGAUCUGUAUCGAAGAUUCCGAAUUUGACAGAUCAACUUAAAGAAUUAUCGCAAUUACAAGAGGCGAAGACAAAUACAUUUUUAAAGAAGGUAUGGGAGUUCAUGAAGAUACAACUUUUGGGUUAUACCAAUACAUUUGAGCAGUUUGUUAAUGAAAUAGAACCGAAUGAUUGUUCAUUGGUUUCUAAAUAUGGGGAAGUUACAGAUAUAGACUUACGCGAUGAAACCAGCAUCUCAAUUGACGAAUUGACAUUGAGCACCAUUCAUAUACCACAUCCAUUGACCAACUUUAUGAGGAAUGAAGCCAACCAGAUUCCACUUAACUUAGACAUACUGAAAGAAUUACAGGAGUCUCCUAUAUUGGUAUUUAUUCAUGGUCUUGGUGGGCAAAUGUCGCAGUUUGAGCCGCUCAUGGGACUUCUUUCUCAAUGCCUGGAAAUAGUCUCGCUUGAUUUACCAGGAUUUGGGAAUUCAAAAGUGCAGUUCAGUGAUGUCAAAAUGAUAGCAAGCAUUUCAGAGGAAACAAAACUGAAGAUUGCAUCAAGCGUCAGUAAAAUGCAAUGGAACGAUUUUACGACUGAAAACAUAGUGAACAUCAUUUGCGCAUUUAUUCAUCAACAGAUACCCGCAGACAAAAAAGUAGUAUUGGUUGGACAUUCCAUGGGUACUCAUUUAUCGGUUAAGGUUGCCAAGAAGUUGCCAGCACAUAAAGUUGAAGGACUUAUCUUAUUAUCUCCUCCGGGUUUUAUAGACGACGUUACAAAGACCACGCCAGAGCAACCUGCAAAGACAAUUUCAAUGUUAAAGGUAUUUAACUACAUUCCCUGGUUCUUUAACUGUUUUCGUGUUUGGGAUAGACUUGAAGGUUUAAAUAGCAAGAGUGUUUCCAGACAACUCGCAAAGUCGAUUGAUACGCCUGCUACCCCACCUUGCAAGUUCAAUCCCAACGCAAAUAUUUAUAAUAAACUUAGACAACUUAGAUGGAAUAUGGAUAUAAAUUCGCAUAUAAUCUUGAAAUAUGUGCAUGGAUUUCAGAAGGCGAAGUAUUCAGAUUUGCUAGCAGCAAUAUCGAACUUCAACAAUAACCCUUCUGAUAAAACUACCUAUGAAAAAACUUUACUAAUUACGGGUAGCGGAGAUCAGGUAACCCCACUGAGCGUAAUAUCAGUUGUUGACGAAUUUUUAACCUCUACUUUUGAUAGAAAAGUGUCAUCUUCAAUCGAAAUUAAUAAUGCAGGACAUUCUUUACUUUUGGCGAAACCAGAAUUUAUUAGUGGAAUGAUUUUAAACCAUGUUGAGCUGAAGUUCCCAGAGCGCUUACAUUUAGCUCCUGCUUGGGUUUUGAGAGUUAAGGCCCAAAUUUCUGGCGAUAAAUGGGGCUUGAAAAAUGAACUUAAGUGGCUGAAACUUAAACCACUUUCGAGUAAUAUUACUCGUAAAAAUGGUAAGGAUGUUGCUCCUUUGUUGGGAAUGAAGACCCUCAGAGAAGAUGAUGCAAAUCACUCCCCGAUGCUUUUAGAGAAAAAAUUCUAUGAUUCAGAUCCCAAAUCUGUGGAGGAUAUACCUGAAGGUAAAUUAAUAGGUAUUGUGGAUAUUUCGGCAGAUAUACCACCUUACAGCCCAAAAUCGUUCAAGCAUAUUCAAUAUUACAAAUGUGCAACCGUUUCCAAGGUUGUUCCGGACCAAGUGGCCAUUAGAAGAUUCAUUCAAUUAAUUGACGACAUUUUAUCCUCCAAUACUGAAAAAGCCCCAUUAAUCGCUAUUCAUUGUCAUUAUGGAUUCAAUAGAACUGGUUUCUUAAUAUGUUGUUAUUUAGUUGAAAGGUUGGGCUGGUCUGUGCAAGAAGCUGUUGAAGGAUUUAAGACAGCUAAACCUCCUGGCAUAAAACAUCCACAUUUCAUAGAUGCUUUGUAUGUGAGGUACGAAGCUAACUAUUAA